CAUUUAUAAACCCUCCUGCCCUCAUUGUUUUACUGUUGGUCUUCAGUAUGAUGACUUUUCAGAUCCUCCUGGGGGCUUCCCUUGUUGUCUUGCUGAUUCUGGAUGUCUGUGGUCUUCCUGUCAAAGAUCCAAGACCACAGCUCCAGGGAGGCAGUGGCAUCAAAGCAGCAUCUCAGGGAGUAGCGGCUCCUUUCCAAGCUGACCAUGUGUCCUUCAGCGCUCCUGCAGUAAAAACUCCAAGCCACCCUACCUCUGUGCAAACGCCAGCUGACUUUGUCAACGUGAACCCCAUGGCUUGGUACAACCCAGCAGCUCCUGUUUAUUAUGGCUCCCAGAUGCCUGCAUAUUAUGUUGACUCUCAACAGGCUGGAGCUGCUCAGUCUCCCCCCACAGCAGAAUGGGUUGUUGCUCCUCCUUCCUUUGAGGAUGCAUCCACUGAUGCUGAGGACAUUGGUGCUGUUCUCCCACCUGCACAGCCUGUAGGACCUAUCCUUCAGUCUGGGGAGACUUCCAACAUCGUUAAAGAAGCUGAGCUUGGCCAUUACCAGCGGGAGACAGAGGAGUCUGGCUACCCAGCUGUCCCUAUAAACCCUGUCCUGGGUGGCUUGUUGCCUUAUCCUUUUCCCUACCCUCUUCCUUACAGGCUUCCUUACCCUGCUUUUGACUAUAGGCUCCUGUUUGGUCAGUACCCUCCUGGCACCUACUCUACCUUCAGCAGAAAUCAUGAGAGGGGCAGAGACUACUCUCAGUCCAUUCAUUAUCUGAAGGAACAUGGUCCUGAUGCUCCAGAGAACCCCCAGAAUCCUGGAUCUGGGCAGCACAAGUUGUUCCAAAGAACACAGUAGAAACCUAAAGGGAGCCAAGUUGAAGUGUACCAGUUUAGUGUUUUUAGCAGUUAUAAAAUAAAAAUCUUCACAAAUCUCAUAU